CUAAUACAUAAUAUCCGACUCCCUUCGACACCACCAACGUCACAGCCGAUAAGUGAAGGGCAAAAACCACUUAUCUGACCGACCCCCGACUUCAUAGCCGACCAGACGAUCCCGAUUUUCAAUAUAUACUGUGUUGCUCCAAAGUAAUAUACACGGCGACGGCUGUCUCUUGCCACCACCACCACCACCACAACCAUGGAUCACCUCCACGGCGGUUUUCAGAUGCCCAUGGCACCUCCACCGCUGUUGAACCAGCCGCCUCAGAUCUUCGGGGGCUACACGGAGCAUGGCAUACCCAUCCAACAACUUCCACAUGACCUAGCUGUCGCACAAAUGUUUGGUGAGCAUGGGCUGCUUGAUGAUACAAGCGAGGCAAAGAGGAGGAGGAUAGCAAGGGCUUGCGAUAUGUGCAGAAAGAAGAAGAUCAAGUGUGAUGGAAAGCUGCCAGCUUGCACGCACUGCAGAAACUACAAGACCGAUUGUGUCUUCACCCAAGUGGAAAAGAAGAGAAGUCCGCCCAAGGGUGCCAAGUACAUUGAAGGUCUCGAGAAUCGGUUAGGCCGCAUGGAACAUUUGUUGAGACUAUCAGGUUUGCUCGGAGACGAUGAUAACGGAGCCACCGACCUCGGAACGCUUGAAAGAAAGCUCGCGGAGAAGACAGCACAGUCGAGACAAACUUCACAGGCUGCCGCUUCCAACCCUACCUCACCAUCUCAGGCAGCAUCGGGACAAGAUGGAAAUAACUCGACGCCGCGCAGCUCGCUGGCCUCGCCUUUGCCUGAAGCGCCCAGAGAUAAAGAGGGAGAGAAGCGGGCCUCGAUAGCUCCCGAGAAAGUCGAGAAGGAGGAAACAGAGCAGGAGGUUUCAGCCCUGUCUGAGAUGAUGUGCUCCCUCGUCACAAACAACAAUGGCGAAACUCGUUACAUUGGGUCAUCUUCCGGCUUCUCAAUUUUUUCUCCCAAGGGCAUCCAGUGGGUCAAUGAGAAGAUGGGUGACAACUCAUUCCAGCAGAUGAUCUCUGAUGUUUCGGUUGACGACCACAAAUGGACAAGAUGGAAACCCGACAUUUUUGGCGAUCUGUUCCGCCGCGUAAUUUUCAAAGAGCUACCUCCCAAGCCGGAAGCUAUGUCGCUUCUCAAAGACUAUUUUGAGAACUUCAACUGCAUGUUUCCGCUGUUCCAUCAGCCAACAUUUAUGCAUCUGGUCGAAAGACAGUAUUCCUCUGACCCGUAUCAGGGAUCCGGAUGGUGGGCAAGCUUGAACGUGGCGCUGGCUAUCGCUUACCGUCUGCGGGUGAUGAGCAAUUUGGUUCCACAGGAAGAGGAUGAUAAGGCUUGGGGUUAUAUGAAGAAUGCCAUGGCAGUCUUCUCGGAGCUGACGAUGCGCAAUACUGAUCUACUUAGUGUCCAGGCUCUCCUGGGUAUGUCUCUCUUUAUGCAGGGCACUCCUAACCCACAGCCGUCGUUCCUUCUCAUUGCCACAGCAAUUCGCCUUUCACAUACUAUCGGCCUCCAUAAGCGCGGAACCGGCUUCAACCUGAACCCAAUCGAGAUCGAACAGCGGAAACGGGUGUUCUGGAUCGCUUAUAUGUUGGAUAAGGACCUUUGCUUACGAUCUGGACGGCCGCCCGCGCAAGACGAUGAUGACAUGAACGUUGACCUUCCUGACGAAGAUCCCGCCGACGGCAUCGGUAACAUUCCCCUUGCUGAUGGGAAAGGAAAGAUGAAUCUUUUCAGAAAGAUGGUUGAGAUCUCCAUCGUUGAGAGCAAGGUGUAUAAAAGACUAUACGCAACGAAGGCCACGAAGCAGUCGGAUGGUGAAUUGUUGAACACCAUUGGAGAGUUGGAUCAGGAACUCGAAGACUGGAAAGACAGCAUUCCCAUCGACUUCCGACCCGAGCAUGAAAUCAAGGCAUCCCAUACACCACUGAUCCUUCACGUCGUCAUGCUGCAUUUUACCUACUACAACUGCUUGACAACGAUUCAUCGUAUGUCUAUUCACCACGGCUACUGGACUAGUCGCCUGUCGAACUUUGCCAUUCAAGGCCUCAAUGCCAGGCCUCUGAACCCCAGAAUCUUCUCUUCAGCAGCACUGUGUACAUCAGCCGCAAGAGCCUCAAUUUCCCUGCUCAAGUAUAUCCCUCAAGGCGAUUUUUCAUGCGUCUGGAUGGUGCUGUAUUUCCCUGUCUCCGCCUUGGUGACGCUAUUCGGAAACAUCCUCCAAAAUCCCUUGGACCCUAGGGCGCGAUCGGACGCAAAACUGAUGAGUGUGGUUGUAACCUUCCUGUCCAUGCUUGGUCAUGAGGCCGAAACCGGCGGUGUGCACCGCAUGCUCGGUAUUUGCGCUGAAUUCGAGCGCAUCGCAAAGGUUGUCAUUGACAAGGCCGAGAAAGAGAAUUCGUCACGACGCAAGCGUAAGAUGCAGGAGCAAGCAUCUAGUAGAAAGGCAGCAUCGAGCACUACAGCAUCCGCGGACCACGCCUCUUCAUUCAAUCCGAACGCAACCAUGACGCCGCGGCCUCCGACAGCAGGCAGUGCAGCCACACCACAGCCGAACUCGGGAUCAGUGAAAGAUCAUCUUUCGCCAGGUGUGCAAAGCACCCGCACCCCACAGAGCGGCCACAGUCCAUUCAGCCAGAGUCCAUCACCGGGGAUGACGCCCAACGGAUGGACUGACGCCCCAACUGGCAUGGAAGGCAUUGACUACGGCAAUUGGGCUGAUCUUACUGGAUUCGGUGCCAUUGCGAAUAUGAAUCCUGCCGAUUUUGUGAUGGAUGGGCUGGCGGACCCGUCUGCGGGCGACCCAAGAUCCAUUUACCAACAGCCGAUGUUGCCGCAAGAUUUGUUCAGCUUACCAGUAACACUGGACUGGAAUUGGGCAGAGAUGAGCGGUGGUGAAUAUCCUAGUGUCGAAAAUGGCAACUUUGGCAGCGAUGUAUCACAUCAGCGGUGAUGGUGAAAGGGUCAUCUCGAGCAAAGCGAUGGGAACCACUAGUGAGAUCAGGUGGAGAGUCUAAUGAAGAAGGGUCAUUGAAGCCAGACAAAAGCAGGCUGGAAUUCACGAGGACAGGCAAGACUGGAUAAAAGAUGCGACCACAUUUUAUGCAUUGUAU